GUUGAGAACGAAAGGAACACGAGAGAAAUUCUUGAUUGAGCGCCCAGUUAAGCGCUCAGUGUACGGAUCGGCACUUUCUGGGCACUUUGUUGUGUUAUACUUCCACGUCUGUUAUGAGGAUACCGAGCUAUGAGCGAUUAGAAACAGAUGAUCCCAGUGAAACCUCUACCAUAGUCUCUUCCGUUCACUCCAACCACUCAGUAGCCAAACCUGCAACAUAUUAUGGCCAAGGACCUUUCGACGCUCCCAGCUCAGAUUCGGAGGAAGAAGAUGAACUAUUGGAAAGGAAGGGACCCUCCACGCCAGGAAUAGCUGAAGCUGGGAACUUUAAUGCGCCAUAUACUCCGAGUCUGCGGCAAAAACGCGCUUCCAACAUCCGUUUCCUUGUCACCAUUCUCAUUGUCCUUGUCAUUCUUUGCGGAAUCAUUGGCAUCAUAGCCGCUCAAACCUACGUAGGAACUGUGUAUCGCUUACCCGGGAAUCGCAAAAUUACCAUGGACCACAUAUUCAACGGAACAUUUGCUGCUGAAAGAUCGUUUAUAUCUUGGGUUCCGGAAGCUGGGGAUGGUGUAUUCUCCGAGUCCACGCAAGACGGCUUCAUUAAACUGGUGGAUCUCAAAACAAACACCACGUCCAGGUUAGUGAAGAAGGAUGAUAUCAAGGAUGAGCACGGAAAACCUCUGCAACAUUGGGCAAUUUGGCAACUGUCGCCUGACAUGAAACAUCUUUUAGUCAAAGGGGAUCACCAGAAGCAAUGGAGGUGGUCUAGCUUUGGGAAUUACUAUAUUCAUGACAUCGAAGCAAAAGUUACACGUCCAAUGAUCCCCCCGGCAAACCCUCCCACUACUGCUUAUGCCACAUGGUCGCCUACAGGUAACUCAUUAGCGUAUGUUGAUAACAAUGACUUAUAUAUCUUGACUUCUCCAUCACCAUCUACUGCUCCCAUACGCGUAACGACCUCCGGUAACGCCUCACUCUUUCAUGGCGUACCCGACUGGGUAUACGAGGAGGAAAUCUUCUCCAGUGAUCAUGCCUUGUGGUGGUCACCCGACGCUCAAAAGGUUGCUUUUCUUCGUUUCGACGAGACCGCUGUCGACGAGUUCUCCUUUCCCAUAUACAACCCAACGGAGAAUAAUUCUGCCGUCAUUCCAUAUACCUCUGAAAUCACAAUGAAAUAUCCAAAACCUGGCUACAAUAAUCCCCUUGUUUCCGUGCAUGUCUUUGAUCUAGGGAGGUACCUGGACUCUGAUAGCGUCGUUGUAAACGGAUUUCCUGCUGCAAAUGCUACGUUGGAAUUGGACUGGCCAGGCAGACACCCAAUUUCGAACAGUAUCAUUAUGGAGGUUGCCUGGGUGGAUGAUACGCAACUCCUUUUGAAAGAAGUAAAUCGGAAUGCAGAUUCCGGAAGCGUUGUAUUCUUCGACUUGAGUAGCUCUGAUGACAAGGCACGCUCUCGUGGGACUGUGGUUCGAAAACUCGGCAAGGAAGGCGAGGAAGGUGAUGAUGGCUGGAUUGACAACAAUCAAAAUAUCUUCCCGCUACCUAAAAGUAUGAAAGGAUCAGGGUCGGCUGCGUAUCUCGAUAUAGUACCGACUCCUGAAGGGUAUAACCAUAUCGCACUAUACAGUCCGGCAAACUCGAACACGCCUCGAUUCCUUACCUCUGGCGAAUGGGAGGUCUCGAGCGGUAUCAAAGGUGUUGACGCAAAGCUAGGUCUUGUUUACUUUGAAGCCGCCAAUCCCUCGUCAAUCGAACGUCACCUGUUCUCUGUGCCAAUACCUACCAUCAGCUCUCCUGAUACCGUUGCUCCGACGCAGUUGACAAAGACACAACCAGAUGAGACUGCCUACUAUGACACCAAUUUUUCUCCAGAAGCUGGAUUUUAUCUACUUUCCUAUGAAGGUCCGAAUAUACCCUGGCAGAAAGUCAUCCAAACUACCAACACUGAUUUCCAUUUUGUCCUCCAUACUAAUGAUGAAUUGAGUAACAAAAGCAGCCAGUUCGAAGCUCCAACCAUUUUGUAUUCCACUAUCGAAAGUGAAGGUUUCGUAUUGAACGUUAGAGAAGUCCGCCCUCCCCGCAUGGAUGACUCUGGACGCACAAAAUACGCUGUAUUGUUCUAUGUGUAUGGUGGACCUUUCAGCCAACUGGUGAACACGCGUUGGCAACGCGGGUGGGAUGACUACUUAGCUUGUGGACUACAAUUCAUCUAUGUUACUGUCGACGGCCGGGGGACGGGAUUUAAAGGUCGCAAGUUGCGAAACACAGUCAAAAGCAAUCUUGGGUACUUUGAGACGAUAGAUCAAAUCAACGCUGCCAGGAUAUGGGCAGCGAAGGACUAUGUAGACCCAGAGCGAAUUGGCAUUUGGGGCUGGUCUUACGGAGGCUUCAUGAGCUCGAAAGUCGCAGAAGCUGAUGCUGGCAUUCAUUCGCUCGCGAUGGCUGUCGCGCCUGUGACUAGCUGGCGGUUGUACGAUUCAAUAUACACGGAAAGAUACAUGAACCUUCCAGAUCUCAAUCCGGGAGGUUACAUCAAUGCCUCGAUAUCGAAUGUGACUGGCUUCCACCAUAUCGAGUAUCUUUUAGCUCAUGGAAGUGGGGAUGAUAACGUCCAUUUUGCGAACUCGGCACAUCUUUUGGAUAUGUUCACGAAGGCCCAGGUCAGGAACUUCAGAUUCAGAAUGUUCACUGAUAGUGAUCAUACAAUUACUAAAAGGGGCGCUCAGCGAGAGGUGUAUGAGUAUAUGUUAGGAUUCUUAGAAGAAAAAUGGGGCAAAGGUGGACGCAGGAGAGGCUGGUGAAUUGAAUUGGAUACAGAUCUCAUAGAUCCUAUUGGCUUUCUGUAAUCGCUAUUUUAUUCUAUUAUAGAUUUAUCAUCGGCAUUGAACUAAUGGGGCGUUCUGGACUCUGGUUGGCUAGACGGGACGUGAGCCAAUAGGAACCGGUUGCGGAUUGAUGAAGAAAGUCUAGGCAGAGAGGGCCAGAAUUCGACCGGUACUGCUUUCUCGAAUAAAUAUCCCAUAUUGACAAAGCCA